GAAAUUCAACUCACUCUUCACCAUCCAAACCCUAAAUAUAUUAAAUUUUAGAGUUUUAAGAAAAAUGGCUUCUAAGGUUUUUCUCUUGUUUAGUCUUUUGGCUAUUGCUCUCUUAAUCUCUUCUGAGGCUGCAGCUAAAGACUUGACCAAAACUUCAACCACUUCUGAACAGAUUAAGGAUAAGAAAGGUGACACCAAGGUAGAGGACGCCAAAUACGGAGGAUAUCCAGGAGGUGGGUAUGGUGGAUAUCCUGGUGGAGGCUACGGUGGGUAUCCAGGGGGAGGCUAUGGUGGCUACCCAGGUGGUGGUUAUGGAGGUCGUGGUGGAUAUGGCGGUCGAGGCGGCGGAUACUGCCGCUUUGGUUGCUGCUACCGUGGAUACUAUGGCUGCAGAAGGUGUUGUGCUUAUGCUGGUGAGGCUGUUGAAAAGCACGUUGAAAACAAGCCUCAUAACUAGUAACUAAUAAUUAGUGAUGGCUCAUUGGCUUUGUUCUCCUUUCCGUUCUUAUGUUGAUUCAAGUGUUAUAAAUCAUGUUUGGUGACGGUGUGAGUUUCUUCAAAGAAAAUGUAUGGUGUAAAAUGUGAAUUAGGUUU